AUGUCACCCAACGGGCCACCGUCACCCAACUGGGCGUCACCCAAUGGCCCGGCGUCACCCAACGGGCCAUUGUCACCCAACGGGCCAUUGUCACCCAACUGGAUGUCACCCAACGGGGCGGCGUCACCCAACGGGGCGGCGUCACCCAACGGGCCACCGUCGUCACCCAACGGGCCACCGUCACCCAACUGGCCACCGUCGUCACCCCAUGAGCCACCGUCACCCAACUGGGCGUCACCCAAGGGGCCGACGUCAACCAGCAAGCCGUUGUCACCCAACGGGCCGCCGUCACCCAACGGGCCGAGGCCACCCAACGGGGUGCUGUCACCCAACGGGCCAGCGUCACCCAAGGGGCCACCAACGGCCUUCGGGCAAGCGUCACCCGUGGGCUCAGCGUCACCCCUGAGGCCCACGUCCCCGACAACGCCAACCGUGAGGACGUCACCCCUGGGCUCAGCGCCGCCCGCGAGGCCGACGUCACCCGCGGGACCGAGGUCACCCGUGGGGCCCCGCCCCCCCCCGACACCGCCGUCCCCGCUGGAGCCGCUGUCCCCUCCCGGUGGCCCGGACCUGGCGCUGGACGAGCUGGACGUCACCGAGCUGGCCCUGGCCGCCGGGCUCCUCGUCCCCCCGGGGCCGGGGGACAACGACGGGGACAAGGGACCGCGGGGACGGCAGGAGGGGCCCCCCCCGGGGCCGCCGCCCCCCCCGCCGCCGCCCCCCGGGGCCGAGGACCUGCCCUCGGACAUCGUCGACUUCGUCCUCAAGAACAUGGCGAGGGACAACGGCAAGGCCGCGGCGGGGCGGCCCCCCGGGGCGGGCCUCAACGGCGGCGGCGGCACCCAGUGGGGGACCGAAGACCCCGGCCGGCGCCCCGCCGGGGGGCGGGGGGCACGGGACGGCCACCCCGGGGUGCCCGGCGGCGGCGGGGACGCGGGCGACGGAGGCGGCACCCGAGGGCCCGCCAUCGAUGGCCACCGCCGCGUCCCCGGAGAUGCCACCAACGGCCACGUCCCCCGCGAAGACCCCACCCGCGAAGACCCCACCCGUGAAGACCCCACCCACGAAGACCCCACCACCCAUGAAGACCCCACACAUGAAGACCCCACCCAUGAAGACCCCACCCAUGAAGACCCCACCCGUGAAGACCGCCCCCCCGAGGACGUCACCCACCACAACGGCACCCACGGCCCCGGUGCCACCCGCGGCCACCACCACGGCGGCGCCACCACCCACGGCCGCGUCACCCGCCUGAGCGCCAGCCGGGGGGCACCCUGGGGACCCGCCGGGGCGCCCAGCACCCAAGGGGGGGCACCCAAGCGCCCCGGGGAGACGCUGGGGGCGGGUGCCAAGAGGCCCAAGCUGGAGGCGGCCGACGAUGAGGACGGGGACGCCAAGGACGCCGCGCUGGCCACCGG